CAUUUCAGAUGAUUUCUUCUUGUCCUCGCCUAGUUCUGCUGUUCCCAUCAACACUGGUUUGGCUGUUAGCUUAGUUGUCAGCAUCAUGGUUAUUUUAGCAUGUGUCUUCUUUGUGUGGAGACAAAAUAGAACCAAAACCAAGAAAAGAUCCAGAGAUGAAGCUGAAAGAGAAGAAAAGCUCCUGACAGAGGAAAUAGUGAAGAUGAAGCUUUUAGAAGAAACUAAAGAUCUGACAGAGAAAUAUGAGAAGAUUGAAGAAGAGCUGCAGAAAACCAAAGAAGAACUGAAGAACAAGACUGAAGAGAUGGAGAAAUAUGUAGAGACACACACAUAAACACUAUCAUUGUGUUAUUGAGGACUGACCUUUAAUCAACACGACUGUGACUUUGCUCCAUCUACUGGUGAAAUGAUACAACUGCAGGUUUUCUCCUCUCAGGUCAAUGAACUAAAGGAGGAGAAGAAGAAGCUGCAGGUGGAGUUGGAGACCAGAAACAAAGAGAUGGAGACCAGAAACAAAGAGAUGGAGGAGAUAAAAUAUGAGUUGGAGAAGAACAAAGCUGCUGCUUCCAAGCCUAUCAGGUCAUUCUGGCUAACAGAGCCCUACAACUAUCAGAAGAAAGUGGAGUCACUGAAGGAGGAGUUAAUGAAGCAGAUCAACCAAGAAGAGGAACAACAACAAGACACAUGUCAAAAUGUCAAAGAGCAGCUGGAAACCAACAACACAGAGAACAGCAGCAGCUCAGACAGUCAGGAGACGUCAGGAGACAUCGAUGUGGUGGUUAAUGACGACUACAAGUUUAUCUGUCUGAGAAACAUGUCUGAUCAGGACAAACCACUGGGAGGACGUCAGUUAAAAGUCCAGAUCAACAAUAGUGAACCCAUCACAUACACAUUUCAUCCAUCAAUGAAACUCAAGGCUGGAGACAAAGUUACUUUAUACGGUCCAGACUAUGACGAGAGUUUUGCUGGCCCUGCUGACCUGGUGUGGGAGGACCUGAAGUCCUGGAAGUCUGGAGACAGAGUCCAUGUCUUUCUGCAGUGGAAUAGUUCCCAGUUGAACUCCUUCAAUAAAGUUCAGUAAUCCAGCAAACAGCAACAUUAUAGAUGAGAAACAGCACGACUCAGAUCUUCCUGCAGAAACCACACACUGCAGAGAAAGUCUCUGGAACCACUUGGCUCCAUUUUAUUGGAUUAGUCAAGUUUGAUGUGAACGUUGGUUUGUUUAAAGACUUUUACAGGAUGACGUCAGUGUUUUAUGUUGUUAAAAUCUGACAGAAUUAAUAUGUGAGUGUUUUAAUUCUACUUUUUUACAUAGUUGAUUGUAAUGAGAGGCUUAAAUGUGAUUACAAUUUUAAAAAGACAUACUUUUGUUUUUAAAGACUCGUUAUUUUAACUCUGUAUUUGCUUAUUCAAGAACAUGAACCAGUAUUACAUCAGUGAGGAGAACCUCUAGGAUUAGAAGUUCAUUUAAAGAUCCAAUCAGAGUCCAUGAGCUGAAUGUGAAGAGAAACUGGGUCAAAGUCUUGACCUGAAUCCAACAUAAACGCUGAUGAGAGGAAAC